GUAUAUAAACGCGGGGGAUUUGGGAUACAGCGUGAGAAAGUGUUUGUGUGGGAAGCGACUAGCUAAAAGUGGACAAAAGUUGAGUUAAAGUGUGAAAGCGGGCGCGUGAAAGUGAAAAGAUGUCCCUGGUGGAUUUGGGGAAGAGGCUUUUAGAGGCUGCGCGUAACGGUGAGGAUGAAGAAGUGAGGAAGCUGAUGGCCAACGGCGCCCCCUUCACCACAGACUGGUUGGGGGCGUCUCCGUUGCACUUGGCGGCGCAGUACGGUCAUCGCUCCACGGCCGAGGUGCUGCUGAGAGCCGGCAUCUGUAAGGACGCCCGCACCAAAGUGGACAGGACCCCGCUGCACAUGGCCGCCACCGAGGGCCACGAGCUCAUCGUCGACUUACUGAUCAGGAACGGCGCGGACGUGAACGCUAAAGACAUGUUGAAGAUGACGGCGCUGCACUGGGCCACUCAGCACGGACACCACAACGUUGCUCAGAUACUCCUCAAACACGGAGCCGACAUUCACGCGCUCAGCAAGUUCGACAAGUCGCCCUUCGACAUCGCCCUCGACAUCCAACAUGCAGAACUCGCCAAUCUCCUGCAGGAGGGGAUGCAGAAGCAGAUGAACAGGAAUGCAGAAUCGUCCAUCGCGCCACAGUUCAUCAUUCAGGGAGGAGUAAUCAACAUCGCCGAUCUCGUUAAACCCAACUCAGGUAACGGUGAGGACGCCGUCGCCGUCAGUGCUCUGGACCAACAGGUGAUGAGUGACUCUGGACAGAGGGUGGUUACCAUAGUAACAGAUCAGCAGGGUCACCUACAGACGAGACUCACACAGCCGCUGUACGUCACGAUGCAGAACGGACGGCAAGUGUUGGCCCUUCCCUCCAGUCAGUUCACACAGGAGUCUUUGGAUGAAGAAGCUGAACCUCCAGUACGACGAAGGAAAAUCGAAGUCGUCUCUGCUAAUCACAUCGACACUAGAGACACGGAGCAGCUGCAGCGGCGUCUGGCCGAGGCCAACAUGGCAGCCCAGUUGUACCGACAGCAGCUGCUGCAGAAGGAGCAGGAGGCGGAGGAGUACCGCAUGCAGCUGGAGGCCAUCACGGAGCGCGUGAUCACGCAGGAUGGCGAGUGCGUGGAGGAGAAGCAGGAGGAGGCCGAGGAGGAGCAGGAGGAGGUGGUGCUCCUGGCUGAUGGAGACGUGAUGCUCAACACAGAGGAGAUCGACUCCACAUCUGACGUCUCCUAACGCCUCGCCUCACGGACUCGCACGUUUACGUCCCUGUGUGUGUGUGUGUGUGUGUGUGUGUGUGUGUGUGUUCUUUUUCAGCUCUGGAUCAAGAAGAUGAAAAACUUCUACAAGUUUAUAAAAGAAAGACAGAAACUCUACUAAUUUCCUUCAUAUUUUUAAUAACUUGUCUUCUGCUUUAGUCAAAUGAUCCGUAUUUACCAUCUGC